ACGUCAUCAUCACGUGUGUUGCAAAAACCGGAAGUGGCGCCAGUUUGGUUUGUGUACUAUCGCAGCCUUAAAACAUUAUCCAUAUUCAAGCAUCAAAUAUUUGCCACACGGUGACGACCUUUACGUUAUCAGGGGAUAAUUUUUGAAAAUACACUGACCGCUUUUUGUAUGUUAUAAUUGAAACUUGGAAGAAAUAGUGUUGGCUAUCAAGCUAGGCUAACAAGUGACUACCAUUUCAUUCGUUUCGGUUUUUUCAGCCACCGUUGUGGUAUCUAGUUUGUAUCCAAACUAUCUUUGUUUUUACACGCUUUCUCUUUCGUGACUUUUCGGGGUUUUCUUCGCCAGACAUCACCAUGUCCAAGCAGUCGAUGGGAAAAACUUUGUUAAGGAACGUGAUUCGCCACACAGAUGCCCACAACAAGAUCCAGGAGGAGAUGGAUAUGUGGAAAAUGCGCGAUUGGGAGAUCCAAACGUCCCACCACAACCAUUUAUCAGAGUGUGUGAGGGGGCAAAUGCACUGUGAUCGCACUGUAAUGCCACAGCAAACCCGGCACAUGCGCGAAGUCUCUGAACAUGAUGACAGAGAGGCUCGAAUCUGCACCCGCAGACUGUAUGAAUUUGAGGCCAACGAUCCUGACAGAUGGGGCCACAGUGGCUUUAAGGAACUGUAUCCUGAGGAGUUUGAAAGUGACAGUGAAAAAAGCACAUCCACGAAGAACCACAAAAGAAAAAAGUCAAAAUCGGCUAAAGAAGCAAACUCGUCAAGACAUUCAAAGAAAGCCUCACAGAAGAAGAAAAAGAAAAAGAAGAAAAAAGAUGACGAUGUAAAGCGGAAAAAAGAAAAGUCUUCAAGCAGCGAAGACAGCAUCGAUGAUAGCUGUGCGGCUAAAGACAAGCAAAGAAGAAAAAGUACUAAAAGUCGACGCAAGACCAAAAAAAGGACAAAAGCAAAAGGUGGCGAUGAUGACAACAGCAGCUCAGGAGACGGGGACAGGAAGAGACAAGCUCGCAUGAAACGAAAAUUGGACAGCAUUGACAGAGACUCAGGGCUAAAACUGAAAAAGAAGAAGAGGAAAAACUGGAAAUUGGCAGGUGAAGAGAGCUCAGGUGAUAGUUCUGCCAACUGAUGUGCUCCAGUGGAGUACCAGCUCUGGCAUUGACUGGAAAAGAAACCACCGCUGUUUCCUUUUGUUCUGCGUAAGUGCACAGUCUGCUGGAGCUCUUUCAGGAUUGGACUUAAGCAGAACUAAGCUGUCGUCCUUCUCUGUGGGUAUUGGAUGAAGCAACGUCUCCUUAACCCUGCAACUUGAAGACAUAACAACCGUACGUGCUGCAUAAAAAGACAGACCGUAGUGUUGACCACCUGCUCCAUGACAUAUUCUUCUGACUGGAGGCUCACCGAGUGAGCAGUGAGUCAUUUUGUCUGACUCUCGCUCUCACAUGGAACAGUUUGUCUUAAUAUCGCUGCUGUUUUUCAUUUAUGAUGUGGCAGAGUAUUUGGCUUUGUUUUUAUUUGGUAAGUUAACCUUUGUAUUUCCCACACUGUUCUGUUUUUAAAAACAAACAAACAAACAAGCACAUGUUUACAAUUUUUUAAAAACAUAAUUUAUUUCACUGACUCAUAGGUUUAGCCUUGACUCUAAAUAAUAGUUUUACUUUAGCGUUUUUUGUAUUUUUUCACAGUCAAAUGUCAGGAGUGUGGAAACUCACUCAGUGUUCAUGGGCAGACAGGAACCCACAUAUCCAAAAGUAGUAUGUUGCCUUUAAGAACAACUGUUAAAGCAUUGUUAUUAUUUUUUAAAUGUUUUUUUUUUUAAAUAUUUCAAUAUUUGAGAUGUGUGUCAACAUAACAGAAUUGAACUCCAAUAUUAUGGUGUGACACUUGAAGUGACAGGUUGUGAGUGAAAUGAAAAUACAUUUAUAGAUAAAGAUAAACUGUGGUCCACCCUAACUUCAUUGAUUUGUUAAAUCUUAUGAAGACACUACACUGCCAUAUUAUUGUAAAGGUAUAUAUAUAUAUAUAGUAUAUAGGGUUGUAAAACCUUUACUAGCUCCACAAAAUCCUGGGAAACAUUUCCCAUGUUCAUCCCGAUCAAACAGAGAGGGUUCUUGAUUUCGGGUCUUCAUUCUGGUCAUGCAUUGUCUAGUGUGAAUCUCCUGCAGCGUUGACACUGCUGACCUGCUUAUGUGUUUAGAACAUCAGGUGUCUCUGUAAUCAGCUGUUCUAUAGGAGUUCAAGGUCUGCUGCAGCGAUUCAGACCUGUUAAAUUGCCCCAGCCAUACGAGCGGUACAGGUGCUGCCAUGCAUUCUUUACCAGCGUUGUGUUGUCUUUUAUUUAUAAACCUCUGGGGAGGACAACACUGGUCUUCAAGACUAGUCUGUGAGGAACUGAGUGAGGAGCUGUAAUCAACGGCAGGCAGACCCUGGUGUUCCCAGGUGUUUGAGGGUAGACAGGAAAAGAGGCUGAUGUAAUGAUCAGUAUUCCUACCAGGGGAUAGGUGACCCAAAUGGAGUUGAACAAGCUGGGUAAUGAAAGAACUGCUAAUGCUCUUGAUUAGCCUCCCGUGGUAGUCACUUAAACAAGCUGUGGUUGUCUUUUUGUUGACAGGGAUGAUGGCAGUAGGUAGGGACAAUUAAGUCAGCUGUUCAUUGUAUGAUUUCAGUGCAUGACCGGAGAUUGAAUGAUUAUGUCACAUGAUGGAAAAGUCCCUCACAAUUUCUGUAAGCCACAUGAGGGCACUGUCCAAGUGCUAGGAGGUAGCCCAGGUGAAAAGGUAACGGAUUGAUUUAGCCAGAGGGAGCAUAAACAACAGAAAAAUGAUAUAAAUUUGUCUGAAACCUGUUGAUUGUCAUGAAACACACCUUUCUUCUCUCAGUUUUGCCAAAUUUCUCAGUCCUGUCCAUGAUUAAUACUAAGAAAGUUUUGCUGGAAGAAUGCAGUGUUCUCAGAGGGUCAGUCCCAGAUGUCCUGUUGUUGGUGCACUCUGGAACUGAGCUCUCAGGGACUGGAGCUGUGGAUUCUGGCCCUUUUAUCUCUGUGUUUUCCUUGCUGCUUUUCCAUAGAGUUUUCUGUCUGUCGUUUGUGUCUGUGUCCCAAAACACUCCUUCAACCAUGUAGAGCAGGCAUGUGUGACACCAGAAAAUGUAUGAAAUGGGCAAAGCUCCAUUAAUUCCUAAUCCAUUUAUGCUAAUCUUCUCUGUAUGAACCAUCGCAGUGGAGGUGGAGGUGGAGAUUGCUCAUUCUACACUUUGUUCUGUCUCAGGCUAAUUGUGCUGCAAUUUGGUUUUGGAUCUGUGACAACAAGGCCAGACCGACAAUGGGUGAAAUGAAUCCUCUGACAAAAUAACUUCCAUCAUGUUGUCAGCUGUUCACGAACAAUCGCCAAUGGAAGGAAGUGUUGUUAAGGUAACUGUGUUGGUACAUGUCAACGACAACUGGAAUCCUAUGAGUCCCACUGUCACCCAGAGUCAACUCAACGUGUCAAAUUUACAGCCAUGUCUACUGUCUCCAUCGUGGGCCCUUUUUAAACUCUUCAAAGACGUGUCCAGAGUUGGUUGGGAAUUUAGGGAGGAUCCAAACACAUCACCAUCCAAGUUUAAAAUUUACAUAUAUUCAGAUGCCACACCCUUUGCCUCGGACGUGUCACAAAAAAGAAUUAAGGCACUGCUGCAUAAAGAAAGAACAUGGCCAAAGAACCUCUCUGGGAGUGGGAUGUGUAUGUUUUGUAACGGAUCAUCAGGAUGAUGAUGAACACCAACACAGACGCUACGAUGAUGCCGCCGAUAAUGAUG